GUAACCAAUAACUAUACGAAAACCGUGGCUGUAAUUCAGUUCGAUAGAAAGUGUAUCGGAGCAAUUUAUUGCUUCUUAGACUGAAUACCAAACAUAAUUUAAUCAUUUUGCACAAACGUAAAGUUCUCAAUGGCAAAAAUCAAUAGCCAUAGAUAAAAUUAUGACGUUAAAAUACGAAAGAAACAAAUGAAAAUAAUGCAUGAACAGCAUAUUUUCGACGAGAUACAGAAAAUUUCCAGCCAAAGACAAUAUUACUGUCUUUGAGGUUGUGUUCUCCACACACAAAACGAGUAAAGUUGUCUUCGUCUUUGGACGAAUGCAAUGCACGGAACAAAUAGUAUUGCUAUGAAAUUCAUAAUACUGAUGCGAGACAUCAAAGAAAUAAGUUUUUUCUUCAAUUUUAUGUGGCACGAUUGAGACCAUUUAGGGAAUCAAAACAGACACCUUUUUGAAAUGGUACAAUGAAUUUGGUGUGAAUGAAGUUCAUAUCAACCAUAUUCACAGACAUGGAUAAAAAGAACAAAAUGAAAUAAAUAAACAGACCAAAUUCCAUUUGAAACUGAGAAAAAUGACAGAAGAUUCAAUCAUCAUCGGAACAUUGCAUGGAGAUACAUUUUUUUCUCCAACCGAUUGUGAAAUGUUGCACACCACUUGCAAACGGAAUGAGGCAAUCAACACAUUGAAACGAAACGAAAGACACUUGUGUUGUCGCCACGCUAAAAAGUUAUGCUGUCGCCUCAGACCGAUACGUUUGUUUGUUUGUAUUGUUUGUCGACAUUUGACAGAUCAAAUUUCGCAUAUUGCUCACGUAGCCCGAAAAAAAACACAAACACAUCGCUGUUGUCGAAUUAAAAUCAAUCGCCAUCGGUCAAAGUGUGAACAAGACAGAUGCAACUAUAGGCAUUUCGUUUGAGUGUUGAGCCUCGCUCACUCGCUCACUCUCUCUGUCAAGACAGUUAUCGUUCGUUUGUGGUUAUAGAAUGUGUGUGUGUGCAGUCGCACCAUUGAAUUAAUGUAAUUUUUUUGUGUGUUGUUUCUAAAUAUUAAAUUUGAACGCAAAAAUAAAUUAAUUUUUCGUUCGUUGUGAAUUGAAUAUAUAAUAAUAAAAUUAAAUUUGUUUAUAAUAAUCGUUGUUGUUUACCGAACAAAAAAAAUCCAUAAAAAUGAGUGCUAUCGUGGACUCAAGCGUAGCAUUUGACGGUUUCGAGGAAAGUAUGAUGAAGCGGCCAAUGUACACAGAUCAACAUCAUUCCGAAUUUGCUUUUCAUCGCUUCUCAUUACUUCGAGAGAAGAAUAUAUUGACGGAUGCCGUGAUAUUGAGCAGUGACGACAAAAGGUUCAACGUGCACAGUAACAUAAUGGCAGGAAAAAGUGAUUAUUUUUUCAACAAUCUUCUCGAUGACGUUGAGCAUGAUGAAUUUUCUGAUUAUACGGCACUGGAGAAUUCGUGUCAGCUGAACAUCGAUUCGGAGACGGUCGAUGUGAUCAUUACAUUUUGUUACACCGGCGCAGCCGAACUGACCAUCGACAAUGUUGAAAGUGUGCUCAUCGGUGCCAAGGAGCUGCAAAUCGAUUCGUUGGCAUUGCUGUGCAACGAAAUGCUUGAGGAAUUGCUGGAUAUGACCAAUUGCAUUCGUUUUCUUGAAAUUGCCAACAAACAUGAGAUUGAAAUGCUGAAAGAGAAUGCACUUGCCAUUAUUUCCGAAGAAUUGCCACACAUCAACCGGCUACCGGAAUUUUAUCACUUGAACGGAUCGCAAAUGUUCUGGCUGAUUGAACUGUUGUCGAACAGUGAAGACGGCAUUUUCGAUGAUUUAUUGAAAUCGUUGAACGACGCGGAAAAUGUAUUCCCUUCUCAUCUGCUUGCCGGCACUGACACACAUGCCGCCAUUCGAGCUGCGUUCAUCGCUGGCUAUUUCCAAGGUUCAAUCUGCAACAUUCCUCAAUUGCAUGAAUCAUGUCGGCAACGUGCCCAAAGUACCGCAAUCCUAACCGAAUUGAAUUCACAAAUUGAAAUCGGCCCAGAACUCACAAUUGAAGGAAAACCAUCGCAAACAGUUCAUGUAUUAGCCCUUUUGAAGCGCAAAACUAUCCAGUUCAGUACAUUUUGCGAGAUCGAACAAAAGUGGGAAAACCCGUCAAAGAAAAUCGAUCUAAUGCAAACCAUCGAAACAUUUCGAGAUGCCGUUAUGAUUGUUAUCCACACAAAUAUUAUGAUGUUCAACAUGCGGAAUGGUGUCAUUGCACAUGCACAUCAUUUGGCAUUGGACACGGGUGCAGUUGAAACAAUUAGACUGCCAAACGACGUUGAAUGCGCUAAGUUGGCAUUGUUUUGUCUUUUGAAUGACGAAAUUUACUGCUUUGCACGCGCCGAUCAACAGUUUUUCCACAAGUUCGAUCUAAAAUCGAAGUUAUGGUCAACGGGCCAUGUAGAAGAUGAUGUGCUGGACGCUAAAUGCAUCGUGGGCCUCAAUGAUGAGCUGUACUUUGUUGGUUGCGGCUAUAAUCGGAUAAUGGUUCGCAGCUACCAUAUCAAGCAAAAGCAAUGGACUACCAGAGGUAACUUGCGUAAUGAAAACAAUGAAAACCAAGAGACCUGUUUCAAGGCCGUUGAAUUAAAUGGCGCUAUCUUCGUUGUGAUGUCGGGUUUUGAUCAGCAGAAAAUAUACAACGGAACCGAGUUUGUCGUUCAACGCUACGAUGAAAAUGUCGAGGAUUGGUUUAUCAUCAAAAAAUUGAACUAUUCGCAUUUCGUCAACUAUUUUCACGUGGAUGUUGCGGGCGGAUGUCUGUAUUUAUUCUACGGGGACGGUGAAGUUCAAAUUUACAAUGAAGAGCAAAACGAAUGGCACAAAGGGCCGUCCAUUGAUUACAACGUGCUCGAUGUUUCGAUGUGCAUGGUCACGACCAAACAAGAUAGCCAGUGGAUUCAUAAAUAGAUUGUCCAGUGUUCAUAUUUUAUCGAUUAUUUCUGUCAAUUGAUGCGAUAAACCCAAUGAUAUUGUUGCUGAAUUAGGUUAAAUGGCUUCAAAAUCACAAUGAUGAAUCAUUUUGUUUCUGAAGAGACAGACAGAGUCACGUCUCGAUUGUAUUAGUUUUGAUAUUUUUAAACAAACUCGAUCCCAUCAUGACAUCAGUUUGCAGAAUUAGUUGAUAGAGGAAAAAAAAGAAAAUAAAACAUGUUCUCUUAAGUUCCUUCCAAUGUCUUGUGUAAAUUUUGACAGUUUCAUGACCAUUUAAAAGGUUUCAUUUGUAUUUGAUAUCAAUGUGAGAAAAUAAAUAUUGCGACGAUUUUUUGAUAAA